CUUUUCUCCCUCGCCUCUCUCACCCCUCCUCCGCUCCCGCCAUGAAGUACCGGAGCUCCGCAGGCAAGAUCUCCGUCAGAUGGAUCCCUUUUAUCUGCAUCUCCUGCUUCACAUUCGGAAUUAUCUUUACUAACAGGUUGUGGGUCCCGCCUGAAUCCAGCGUUCAGCUCCUCCCUCAGCACCGCCGCGAACAGGAGGAGUUGCAGAUGGUCUCUGAGGACAGCGCUACAAAGAAACAACAUGCAGAAGAUAAGGAUGUGAUGCAGGAAGUUCUAAAAACCCACGAAGCAAUUAGAACUUUAGACAAGUCAGUGGCAAUGCUGCAGAUGCAGCUGGCUGCAACUAGGAGUACUCAGGAAUUGGGAAGUUCGGAUAGCUAUGGCACCAGUUCUGUUGAGAGCCCACCGAGACAGAAGGUUUUCAUGGUUAUAGGAAUUAACACUGCCUUUAGUAGUAGGAAGCGGCGUGAUUCGGUCAGAGAGACUUGGAUGCCUCAAGGAGAGAAGCUACUCCAAUUGGAGCGUGAGAAGGGAAUUGUCAUCCGGUUCAUGAUUGGCCACAGUGCAACAUCCAACAGCAUUUUGGAUAGAGCUAUUGAUUCUGAAGAAGCACAGCAUAAGGAUUUCCUUAGGCUGGAGCACGUUGAAGGAUACCAUGAAUUGUCUGCCAAAACAAAAAUUUUCUUUUCUACAGCUGUUGCAAAAUGGGAUGCUGAGUUUUAUGUCAAGGUGGAUGAUGAUGUCCAUGUUAAUCUUGGAAUGCUCGCCGCAACUCUUGCUCAUCACCGUUCAAAGCCUAGAGUCUACAUAGGUUGUAUGAAAUCUGGACCUGUUCUUUCCCAAAAGACUGUCAAGUACCAUGAACCAGAGUACUGGAAAUUUGGAGAGGAGGGGAACAAGUAUUUUCGGCAUGCAACUGGACAGAUAUAUGCAAUUUCAAAGGAUCUUGCAACAUAUAUCUCCAUAAACCAGUAAGGAUUUUUUUCUCCAUUUUUACAUUGAAACACCCUACUUUGUUACCCUGUGGCCUGUCACCCUUGAGUCUUGUUUUUUUUUUUUGGUGUUCUUUUGCUGAGCUGAGCAAUUUUACCCUUCCCCUGAUUUUAAUUUUGUGUAUGGUUUUCUUUCCUACUUGUAUCAUGUAGCUUGUCAUCAUAAACUGAUAUUUGGAAG